CUUAGAAGCCAAGAUUGCAGAGGCGUUUCCGGGAAAGCAGAAGCAGUUAGGGCACCUACGAUCCAUUCACGCCAUCUUUACGCCAUACCCCACUCUAAUAAUAUCUAUCUCUCUCUCUCUCUCUCUAUAUAUAUAUAUUUCUCUCCUCACGCUCAUACCUACAAUUAUUUCCUCUGCUUAACGCGGUACUUAAUUUUGCUUAUUUCUUGGCAAAAGAAAAUAAAGAUUCAAGCUUUUUGAUUGUUUUUGUGCGAGAGAAGAAUAAAGAAGAUAUGGGUAAAUUCCGUGCAGUCGUGGCCAUCGUUUUGGUAUUGGGGAUAAUGGGGCAUUCUGUUGCGCAGGCUCCAGCAGGUUCACCAGCGGCAACGCCCACAAGGUCGCCGGUUCCAACCCCAGCGAAAUCACCCACGCCAUCCCCAUCGCCUGUGGCUUCCUCCCCUGCGCCUCCCUCCCAAUCCCCAUCGCCUGUGGCUUCCUCCCCUGCGCCUUCCUCCCCUGCCCCCUCUGUUGAAUCUCCUGCUCCAUCAUCUUCUGAUGGCAACACUUCUUCUUCUGCCUCUGCUGCUACCUUUGUUCAGAAAAUCGGCAUCUUUGGAGCUGCUCUGCUCGGAGGUGCCGCGUUUCUUGUCUAAUUAGAUAGUUGCAUUGUCAUUACUUAUGUUACUAAUUCCCAGAUUCGCAGCUUUUUGCCUGGGAGACUUUCUUUCAUUCAUUUAUUUGUUCAGAAUUAAAGCUGUUAGAGAACAGUUGUUCCGAGUUUUGAAUACUGCGUAGAUGAUUGUUUAUCUCUAUGCUUUCUUUCCUCUUAUCUAUGACAUCGUUGUGUGGUCAUCCACUCGCAUUUGUCCUUUGUA